AUGGCCUGUGUUACACCUGCGCUGUGGCUAGAUUGCUGCUGUCAGAUUAUAUCCGCCGAUUUACGUUUCACUUUCGAUCAGUGCCUGCAUGUCUGUGAUCUCAGCGCCUUCAUGGCUGAGAUGGCGUUUUUUUGCGUCGACGCCACCAGCCGUACGGGCAAACGCUCUUUGAUCGCCGGUACUCUUGACAAACCGGUCGUGGUGUCGGAUUUGUGGUUUUUGUGCAGGUCGCCGACUAGACUUAGACUCCACGAGAACUCGAUGUCCCCAACGAUAGGAAAAAGCUCACUCGAGAGCUAUCACAGCUGGCUUUUGAGUGACGCGCGAACACAAGUGACCGAACAGAAAGUAGAUAUUGUUCUCUUGUCGUAA